AAAAAUAUUGUUUUCCCAUAAAUUAAGGUAUAAAAAAAUAUUCAUUCUGGAAAAACCUGCUUCUACAUUGUGUUGUAAGAAACAUGGAGGUAAGAAAUCCUCACUGACAUUUGAUGUUGAUGCCAUUUGUUUUGCGUGUGUAUUUCAAAAGAAUAGAGACGAGGGUUGACACCAAAUCUACAUUAUUCCGGGGACUCCACCAACCAAUCAUUCCAGUUUUAAAUGAUAACGUCGCGCUCUUCGCUCCAUCUCAAUAACAUUUGCAUGACAUUAAACCAGAUACCGAUGAUGUUCUGCGUAGAGUGCGACAGUCUGUUGUUCGGUUUACCAUCAGGAUGAAGCAGAUUGUUCGCGCAGUUUGGCUGCUAUCAGCUCUACUUGCAUCUGCUUUCAGUGCAGAUACCGACUCGUAUAAAGGCUAUAAACUGUACGAUGUAAGACCAUCUACACGUGCUGAAUUGGAACUACUUCACCGGGUAAGCAGUGAAUUGGAUUUAGAUUUCUGGAGCCUACCUCUUCUUGAUCGAAGCUCAUCGGUGAUGGUUAGUCCAUGGAACGAAGACUCAUUCACGAAGUAUCUGAGAGAGCAUAACGUCAGGCAUCGACUUUUGCACAACGACGUUCAAAGUGAAAAUUUUAGCAACCAAAUUCGUGCUCGUACGUGUCGUAGCAUUGAAAAGGCUGAUGAACGAGCAACGUUUGACUACUUCUGGACCUUGGACGAGAUCUAUAAAUACAUGGAAUAUCUGAGAUCUAAGUAUCCAAAUUUAGUGUACGUAAAAGACUAUGGCAGAACUCACGAAGAUCGACCGAUAAAAAUCAUCACUAUCAGCACUAAUGGAAAUGUGACGGGUUCUCAUCCAGUUGUACUGAUUGAUGCUGGAAUUCAGGCUCGGGAAUGGGCUGGACACAUGUCUGUGAUUUACCUGAUCCAUCAAUUGGUGGAACGUUCUACGGAUAACUUGGAUCUGUUGCGCAAUACCGACUGGGUGAUCAUGCCGGUUGCCAAUCCGGAUGGCUAUGUGUACACCCAUGAAAAGAAUCGAUUUUGGAGUAAAAAUAGAUCACCAACCAGUUUGACAUGUAACGGAACGGAUUUAAGCAGAAACUUUCCAUUUCGGUGGAAGCAUUAUGGAGAUGAAUGUUCAACUGAUUAUGCAGGGCACACACCUGGAUCAGAGUUGGAGACCCGAGCUCUAAUGCAACUAAUGGCAAAGUGCGCACCAGUUACCGAGGUCUACUUGUCGGUGCAAUCGUGCGGAAACUCCAUCCUAUACCCCUAUGGGUACGAUAACGUUGAAGUACCGAACAAAGCAGAAUUGCAGGAACUGGGAGAAAAAGCCACUCGGGCAGUUAGAGCGAUCAACGGCCCAGAGUACACCGUCGGAAGCGCAGCUGCCUUGCACGAUCCGGCCAAUGGAAGAGGUGAUUACAUUUAUGGUAGCCUAGGAGUUGAGUACGUCUACGGACUGAAACUGUCGUGUGGCGCCACCAGCGGUCAGGGUUUCAUGAUCAGUUCAGAAGAGAUGCAGACAAUCAACCGGGAAGCAUUCGAGAUGUUCAAAGUAUUUGGCAAAUUUGCCGGGCAAAAAGACUUUCGAAAGGUACCGAACCGAACAUGGCCUGGAAAAAGACCUGGAGAUAAAGCUCUUAAAUCAAGAUAAUCAACCAAGCAACAAUCCAGAAGGAGUUUCGUAUUUCAGUCAAUCAAAAACUUGAAAAAUGUGCAGGAAUGAAAGUUGUCAACUACUCGAAUUUAAUUGAAAUCCUUUUUGACGAACAUUAAAAACAAAUUUCUGAUGGUAUGCAAUAAUCGUUUGGAUUUAUUUCCAUAGAUCUGUUCAAUAUUCCUAUAUGCCUGUUUACGGCAAACUGAGGUAUUUUAAAAAUCAGAGUAGAGAAAUCCUGCCGUUAAGGUGAUUCCUUCGGUAACACUUGAUAGUAUUGGUAGAAGAAUAGCAAUCCCAUACAGUAACUGUGUGUGUACACAUACACAUCAAAUACGAAGUCACAACAAUCAGAAAAUAAGUAUCUGUCAUAUCAUGAUCUAUCAACCUAUGGAGAUAAUAAAUCUUGAUUCGCAACUACCCUGGCC